AUGGAAGACUCUGGAGUUUCAGUGUCCGUAACAGUUUUUCCUCCUGCCAUGGGGAGUUCCCCACCAGUCCCUCAUCUAGUAGCCUUCGUAUCUGUCGCCUGUCCUAAAGUCCUAAGGUCUUCACCUGUUCUUUGCCAAAAAGUGAGUUUAAGUUCUAAGCCCAUCUUUAGUUGGAGUUCUCCUGCAGCCCUUGGGAAUGACCUUAAUCGAGAGGGAAUUUCCUUUGGCUGUCGGUCCAGUUCCAGUAUCAAUAUUCCAGUCUAA